CUUAUUUGUUCAUUGAAUCAUUGUGCAUAUGUAUCAAUUUAAUUAAAUAACUUCUCAAGUACAAAUAAAACGGCAAAAUGUCAACACUACAAGCAGAUAGCGAUGUGCACAUAACUUUCGAAGACCAACAAAAAAUCAACCGAUUUGCGAGGUUAAACGCCAAACUUGAAGAUCUAAAAUUUGAAAUCAAAGAGAAGGAGAAUGAUCUAAAAAAGUUGGAGGAUGCGUGCGACGAAAUAAUUCUUCUAGACGAAACAGAGAGGAUUCCUUACCUGGUAGGCGAAGUGUUUAUUUACCAGGACAUUGAGAAAACGCAAGCGUGUCUGGAGGAGUCGAAGAAUAAAACCGAAACAGAAAUUGCAGUUUUGAAAUCUAAAUCGUCCGAGAUUAAGGAGUGGAUGGGGGAUUUAAAGACUUACUUAUAUGGGAAAUUCGGUAGCAAUAUAAAUUUAGAAGCAGAUGAAGAAUAACGAUAAUGGGAUAUAAAUUGUGCGUGUUGGCAAAAUCAUCUAUAUUUCUGUGUUGCUUUCAUUAAUUCUUACCACCUCAUGAACGUUUAAUUACACAGGAUGUCUUGACUAAUAGCGUUUAAUUGUGAAUUAGGUUUUUACAGUGAUAAUUAUAUUUUGUUUCUUACUGCUA